GCACACUGUUGCCGGUCAAAAUAUUCUUCCUCGCGCUUUUUUUUUGUUUUGAUUAAUUUUGUUUUUAAUUUGAUUAAAUUUGAUUUAAAAAAUAUAUAACGCGAUGUCGAACCAACGGAAAGACAUGUGGAAGCUGCUGUAUAACCAUGUCAAUCGGAACGGUGCCAACUUGGCCCAAGUGUACACCGUGAUCGAGGACAUACUGUGCCAAGAACCGAGCCUGAUCAGUUGCUCUCUAGUGCGGGAGCUGAACAACAAAUUCCAGGACACCUUCCUCCUGUGGCUGCUUAACAAGCUGGCCAGAUGCCUAAGCGAGGCUGGAGAUGGCAGUCAGUGCAUCAAUCUUCAAAGGAAAAUUCUCAGCUCCUGUUGCUCCAAUCAUCCUAAACUGUACGAGCGCCUUGUCCUGGCCUACAUCGAGGCCCUGCAGGAGUUGCAUCUGCAACUAUGCGGAGUGGAUUUCAGGCGCGAGCAGAACCACAGCCUGUGUCUGGCUAUUUUCAAAUGCGAUGUAACCUGCCUCCAAGAAUUUGAUCCACACUGUGCCUUCGAAGAGGUCCAGCUGCCGCUGGAAAAGGCCGACUCGUACGCCAAGAGCCUGUUGUUGGUGCUCCAGCACGCCCAUCUUAUCGGUCACGCCACGCACCCUGGCAUCUUCUCGGGCAGCCUGCGGCAGGCCCUGCAAAUCCUAAAGGAGUGCGACAUGGAGGCAAAAGUGGUAAGCCUGAACUACUGUCACAGCGUCCUGCAGUCCCAGUCGGCCAGCAGCUGGCUAACAGAUCCAGAUGUGGCCCAUUAUGCCCAACUAACGCUUGAAGCUCUAACUAUAAUGUGGUCCAUGGUGGCCAAGUGGCUGGAGGUGGGCUGUAUGACGCGGCAGGAGCUCAAUCAGCUUAAGGUGGCCACCGGCCAACUGCUAGUCGUUCUACAGCAGAAUCUUCGAGGUCAGCAAGCUCUGAAGAUGGGCUAUCUCCUCUUGAAUGAGCUUCUCAGCUUGACGGCCAGCCAGGAACUAGAGGAUCUGAUGGAGAGUGUGAGUCACUAUAUACAGAGCCAGCUAGAGCACGCGUCAGUCUCGCUGGAGCAACUGGAACACCUGCAUCAGCUUGUGCUAACCCAUUGGCGCGCCCAUCCUGACUAUUUACUGCCCUUGUUGGCCCUGCUGGCUCUCAAGCAUCAGGGCAUGCGGACAGCAACGAUUCAGGCCCUGAUCCGAGAGGGUCUCGUUCCGAUCAUGCCGGAAAAGGCAGCCGCAGCCCAGACGGCCGAUGAGCGACGAACAAUGGUGGCCAUUUUGCGGGUUCUCAAGCAGCUGGAACAGCUCAUCCUGGCCCAGAGCCAGCUUAAGAUAGCAGAACAGGAAGGCUCUCCACUCAGUGCUGCCGUAUUGGCCAAGAUGCCGCUACAGUGUGAGUUGCCCAAGACGACGGACAUCAACUGGAACAGCCUGGGCAUGCAGAUGGUUGAAAAGCAGACUACAUUGUCCCCCUCCGAGAUGGAAGUAUACCUGGAGAUCUGUUCGCUUCUGAUGCAAGUUUGCAGCAUUCGACACUCUAUGAAGUCGCCCACGCAACACCAGUUGUUAGCUUUCCUGCAGAGCCGCCUGGAGUUUGACAAGGUGCUGGCCUACCUCAAAGGCCGCGUGCCGCUGAACCAGUUGUGCGCCAUACGCCUGGAGGCAACGCCAUCGAGCGCCCACACGCAAAUGCAGUCAUUCUAUGCCCAGCACUACAUGAGUCUCUUUGAGCAGGAAACCUUCUUCGACCACAUUCCCCAGCUGUACAUAGCGGGCUACAUCAAGUCGGAGCAACUUGUCAGGGCCCUGCCCACGAUACAAAAACACAAGGGGCGCAACCAAGUGCUUCGCCUGCUGCUCUGCUCCUCCCAUUUCGCCUUCAGGGUCCGGGAUCGCAUUGAGUUGUAUUGUCCGAAGUGUAGACCCUUGCCCGAGCGCCUUCCGACGGGGAUUUACCUUGGCAAGUGCAAGCAACAACCGGUCAAGCUGGAGUUCUCACCGUCCACACUAGAAACAAUUGCCAGGGAUUUGCUGUUCCAACCGGAUUUCUCGUUCGUUUCCCAACACCUGGAUAGGCUGAGCAUAGAGCCAAGCCUGAUAAUGCGGCUGCUUAAGGAGGAUGCGAAGGCACUGGAGGCUCUCAAUGCGAACAGCCUUCGUCUCCUGGUGCCAGCAAUGCCCGAUGUCAUGCAUCAGUUGGCCAGCUUUAUCCUGGACGCCAUUAAGGCUAUGCUGGUACGGCCAUUAGCAGAACAGAGCGUCACCUGGCAGCGAAAUAUGCUGCGCAUCAUCAUAGCCUCGGCUGCUAAUCCGAAAAUUGAGGAAAUCUGGCUGUUCCAUUGGUUUAAGAUGACCUUCUUCUUCCUGGUGCACACCCAUUCGCUGGUGGCCCAGGAGGCAGUACUGGCGGCCAGCGAGAUGUGUGCCAGCCAUGGCGUGCAGACGAUCAAUCUGUGGAACUGGUACCGACGCGAUGCCCUGGAUCUGGCCAUACGCCUGGCCCUGGCCGCGUAUAUCGCGGAGGGAGUUCGCUUUACCAGAUCUCUCAGAGCGCUCACCAAAAUGCUAGGCUUUUCGUGCGUGCAAGAGUUUACCUGCAAGUAUCAUCGAUUCCUGACCGCCAUGGUUCUGCCGCACUGCAUUGUAGAACCGCGCUGCAAGGGAGUCCUGGUGUUGAUAGCCAAGCAGCUGCGUAAGCCCAUUGCCACGUUGUUUUCCACCUCUUUCCUGCGCAUCUACACACAUGUCUACCUUACGGAAGAGCCAGAGUUGGCCAAUAGCUGCAUAGAGCUGGUGGUUAGCUGCACGCAGUCCAGCUUGCAGCAGCUAAUGAAUGCCGAUGUCAAGCAAACUGUGGCCGAACUGCUUAUUUACUUCAAUCGCAAUCCCACCUUCGUCAUGCGCUCCUUCCAGAGCCUUCUGCAGUUUACUGGAGGAGGAGGUGGCCCCUCCGAGCUGUCCAGUCAAGCGGCCAAUGCCGAGUUUGCCACCUUUAUUGCCGAGCGUUUCCUGGGCGUUAUCACCUACUUCGAGAGCUGUCUGAGUGAGCCAUCUUUUGAGAAGCCUCUCAAGGAGGAGACCCUGUACAGCCUGGGUCAGAUCAUGCGCUUUGUGGGCGCCCAGCAUGUCACCCAGUUCCGCUUCAAGAUCAUUGCCAUGCUCAGUUUUGUGCAUACGCUAAAUGAACCGCGUUUGCAGAGAAUUUGCCUGAAGAUCUGGCACAUCUUCCUGCAUGUGGUGAAUGUCCAGGAGUUGGGGCCAUCGCUGGGCAGGAUUGUGGCCACCUUGCAGCCGCUGCUGGCGGACAGCGAGAGCGUGGCGCAAGUGAAUGAUUUAUACGAGUUUGUAAUCCUUCAUAAUGCCUCGAUGCUCGGGAACUACAUCACGGACUUGUACUUCUUGGAGCGCAUGGAGCAGGUUUCGCCGGCCAUAAGGAAGUGCAUACGCAGGCACACGGCUCAUUUGGUGUUGAAUGGAGGUGGUGGAGGAGGAGGGCCUGAAGAGGAGGAAACACCAGCACAACUCCGCGAUCAGCUUCGUUUCUUGCACAAGCACAUCGUGGAUGAGUGUCUGCAGGUUCGGAUCUAUGCCCUGCAGCAUCUCGGCGAGCUGUUCGGUCGGCGGCGUCCCCAGCUGAACCGCAUGAUCCUCAACGAACAGCCGCUGGAACCUAUGUUGGAGCAGAUUGUGAAUAUCCUGAUGACAGGCUGCCAGCACGAUGACCGUCAGCUGCAGAUGGCCUCGGCCAAGUGCCUGGGAGAACUGGGCGCCAUCGAUGCCAGCUACCUGCCCUCGAACUACAACUUUGCCAGCUCCAAGCCCAUGCCGCUGAGUGUCCUCUCCGAUGAUUUUGCCGUUCUCGCGUUGACCGCUUUGUGUCGUGGCUAUCAGUUCCAGCAGAAGACCAAGCACGUGGACAGCUUCUCGCUGGCCAUCCAGGAGACGCUGGCGGUCUGCGGUAUAUCGCCCAAGGAGCAGAAGAAGGUACAGCUGUGGCAGUCGCUGCCCGAGCGAAUGCGCCAGGUGAUGGAACCCCUGCUUCACUCCUGCUACACGAGUUGCCAGCGGCCGAGCUCCCUGUUGCAGCAACAACAACAGCCGCUUUUUGGCAGUCACUACUUCUACGAGGAGUGGGCCUUCCUUUGGGCCGCCCGACUGAUAGAUUACAUCCAGACCUCUUCAGACACGCGGCAUCUCCUGAACUCAUACAAGCCGUGCAUCAAACGGGAUGGCAACAUGCUGAGCACCUUUUAUCCUUACAUACUGCUACACGCCCUGCUCGAGUGCACGGUGGAGCAGCGGCGGCACAUCCUCGACGAGUUCAUGACAGUGCUCAGGGCCAAUGAGAAGAGGAGUUCGAGUUCCCAGCAGGAGUUGGGUGAGAUUAAGGAGAAUGCCUUCAAGCAGUUCGAGUCGCGGAAAUAUGGCGCUGGGACAAAACAGCCACAGAAACCAACGGCGGAUGGUUCCUUCCAGCAGCGGAGUGCCGCAGACGCCAGUCAUGUGCCCCGGCUAGCCGGUAAGCUGUGCGCCGAACUCUUGGACUUCCUGCAGCGAUGGCUCAGGGAAUGGCAGCGUAUGCAUGGACGGAGUACCAACGGCAAGCCUCCACAGACCAUCGAUGCUAACUACCGGAAGAUAUAUGAAUUUCUCGCCGAGAUUCCCAAGCUAUUGGUCUCACGGGCCAGCUACAACUGUGGCGAAUAUGCCCGAGCUUUGAGCUACCUGGAGAGCUAUCUGGAGGAGGGCGAGGAGGAGGAUGGCAAACCGAAACGCCUGCUCGAACAGUUCACCUUCCUCGUUGAGGUCUAUGGCUCGCUGAUGGACUCCGAUUCGGUGGAGGGAGCAGUGCAGGCGCGCAGCUACGACAGCGUCAGCGUCGCCCAGGAUAUUGUAGUGAACCGUUUGGUGGAGCGGCAGCAGGACAUGAUCACCUGCUACGAGCAGCUUCUCUCCAGCCGGGACCAGCUGCAGCCGGAGCAUGUGCGCGCCAUGAUCGAUGCGUAUUUGCGGGACACUCCACGAACGGCCCAGCUCAUAGCCGACGGACUGUGGCAACGUCUGUCCGAGGAGCAAUAUUCGGAGCAGUGCUUCGCCGAGUGCAAGUCGGAGCUGCUGUGGCGCCUGGGCAGCUACGAUGAGCUGGAGCAGUUGCCGCUGGACGAGCUUAAGUCAAACUGGCCGGCUCAGUGCUCCCAGGGCUGUUUGGCGCUGCGACGACCCCUAACCACGCGGCCACAAUUCGAUGGUCUGCUAGAUGGGAUGCGGGGAUCAGUGCUGGAGCAGCUGCGCAGCUGCUCGGCCGUCCAGCAGCACUCCUAUGCCAAUGCCUACGAUUCGGUGUUGAAGCUGCACCUGGUCCACGAGCUACAGUGCAGCCAGCAGUUGGUGGAGCAGCUGGAACAAGGUGAUCACGCUCCCAAUGCGGAUAACCAGGAGAAGAUUAUGCUGAGGUACUUUGAGGACUGGCAGUAUCGUCUUGAGAUUGUCCAGCCACAGGUUCGCGUCCAAGAGCCCAUCUACAGCUUCCGCCGCAAUCUGCUGAAUGAGUUCCAGCACCGGCUCUCCGGUCGCACCCACCUUCUGCCGCAUCUGCGGACGGAGCUGGCACGGCUUUGGCUAAACAGUGCCCAGAUCAAUCGGAAUGCCGGCCAGCUGCAACGGGCCCAACUGUGCAUCCUGAAGGCAGCGGACUAUAAGCCGCCGGGUCUCUUCAUCGAACGUGCCAAGCUUCUGUGGCAAAAGGGCGACCAGGUGAUGGCCAUCAAUUACCUGGAGGAGCAGCUCUCCAGCAUGCGCGUGGCCUGCCAGGGAAAUGUCAAGAGUAUGCCAGAGGAUCAGCGACAAUUGUACUUCCAGGGGAAGUAUCUGCAGGCCGUCUACAAUGCCGAAUCGAUGCACCUGUGCGCAGACGUCGUGCUCCGGCAGUUUGACGACGCCAUUGCCGUGCACAAGCAGUCCGAGAGCUGUCACGUUCAGCUUGCCCAGUUCCUCGAAAAGAUGCGCGAGGCCAAGCUGGGCGGCCAGGGCCAGGGGCAGGGCCAGGGCAAAAUUUCGACUUCAUCACACGAAUCGGACGAAAUGCUCAUCCAGAUCCUGCUCAAUUACGCCCGAUCCCUGCGCUACGGCAGUGAGCAUGUCUACCAAUCGAUGCCCCGCGUAAUCAGCCUGUGGCUGGACACUGCGGAGAACGCACCGAACGAGGUCCAGCAGGUGCGCAAGAUGAACGAUCUGCUGAGCAACUGCUGCACCGCCCUGCCCGCCUCAGUCUUCUAUACGGUCUACUCCCAGAUGCUGAGCCGUUUGUGCCAUCCCAAUGCCGACGCCUUUGCCGUGCUGAGGAACGUGAUUGUGCGUCUGGUGGAGGAAUAUCCGCAGCAGUCGCUGUGGAUGCUCUUGCCGCACUUCAAGUCGGCCACCGCCAACAGGAUCAAGCGAUGCAAGCUGGUGCUCACCGAUCGGCGGCUGCAGAACGCCACCUUCCAGAAGCUCCUCAGCGACUUUAACUCCCUAACGGAGCGUUUGAUGGAGCUGACCAACAAGGAGGUGGCUCUAGAUCGAACCUACAAGCUGAGCGAUCUGGACCGACGUCUCACCAAGCUCUGCAAUCAGGCGGACUUCUCCAACAUCCUUCUGCCCUUCGAGAAGUAUAUGCAACCUACGCUGCCACUGAGUUCGGAUGCAACGACGACGCUGUCGCCUCUGCCCGGGAACAACAGCUCCAUCGCAAGCUCAAGCUCGAGCUCCAAGGGCAACUGGUUCCCUUACCAGCAGAUCUACAUUAGUGGCUUCCAGGAAUCGGUGCAGAUCCUACGCUCGGCGGCCAAGCCCAAGAAGCUAACAAUUCGGUGUAGUGACGGCCAGGACUACGAUGUGCUGGUCAAGCCCAAGGAUGACCUGCGUCGCGACGCCCGUCUGAUGGAGUUCAAUGGUUUGGUGAAGCGGUAUCUGCAUCAAUCAGCGCCGGCCCGGCACCGUCGUCUCCAUAUCCGCACCUAUGCCGUGCUGCCCUUCAACGAGGAGUGCGGUCUGGUCGAGUGGCUGCCCAAUCUGUCGUCGUACCGCAGCAUCUGUAUGAGUCUGUAUGCGCAGCGUGGCCAGGUGAUGUCCAGCCGGAUGCUGCACCAGCUGGCCGUGCCGCUGCACGAGCCUUUGGAGCGGAAGCGUGAGGUCUUCAUCAAGCAUCUAUUGCCUGCCCAUCCGCCGGUGUUCCAGGAGUGGCUGCGUCAACGCUUUGCCACCCUGCACAGUUGGUAUGAGGCGAGGAACACCUACAUUCGCACCGUGGCCGUCAUGUCGAUGGUGGGCUACAUUUUGGGCUUGGGUGACCGGCAUGGCGAGAAUAUUCUGUUCGAUGAACGCAAUGGAGAUGCUGUCCACGUCGACUUCAACUGCCUGUUUAAUCAGGGCGAACUGCUGGCCUUCCCGGAGGUGGUACCCUUCCGUCUCACCCAGAACAUGAUCGCGGCCAUGGGGCCGCUGGGCGUGGAGGGCAGCUAUCGUAAGUGCUGUGAGAUCACGCUGCGACUGCUCAGGCAGGAGGCCAAGACCCUGAUGUCGAUCCUGCGACCGUUCGUCUACGAUGUGGGAGCCCAGAUAAGGAAUGGCAGCGCCGCCGCCAAGAUCACCAAUGAUGUCCGGCUCAUAGCAGAUCGGUUGCAGGGACAUGUCAAGCGUCAGGCCAACAGUAUUCCCUUGUCCACUGAGGGACAAGUGAACUUUCUGAUCAAUGAAGCCACAAAAUUGGACAACUUGGCUGUAAUGUACAUUGGUUGGGGAGCUUUCCUUUAGAGCUCUUUGUUCCUCACGCACAGAGUCUUUAAAUACUCAUUAAUUUUCAUAUGCCUUUGUUUUUAUAUGUCUUUUUUAAUUUAUUGAGGAUCUAAAAGGAGAACCUAUUCUCAUUCCGGUGACUUCUCCAAAGCCCU